CUGAAAACAAAACCUACCGGUUCCUCACCUUGUCUCCCCCACACACCGAUCGCGUUUUGUCUCUCCCGACGCAAGCACCAUCUCAAAUCUGCAACCGAUCAAAGAUCCAAUUAGGGUUUUCCUCGCAGCCAUGUCGGACGCGUACUGCACGGAUUGCAAGAGGGAGACGGAGCUGGUGGUGGAUCACUCCGCCGGAGACACGCUCUGCUCCGAGUGCGGCUUGGUUCUGGAGUCUCACUCGAUUGAUGAGACCUCCGAGUGGCGUACCUUCGCCAACGAGUCUUCCAACAGCGAUCCGAACCGUGUAGGUGGCCCCACCAACCCGCUUCUAGCGGAUAGUGCUCUCACCACGGUCAUCGCGAAGACGAACGGCUCCUCGGGGGAUUUCUUGUCGAAUUCUCUCGGGAGGUGGCAGAAUCGUAACGGCAGUGCUGAGCGUGGGUUGAUCCAGGCGUUUAAGACCAUUGCUACCAUGUCUGACAGGUUGGGGCUUGUUGGAACUAUCAAGGAUCGGGCUAAUGAGAUAUUUAAGAGGCUGGAGGAUCAAAAGUCAACCAGAGGAAGGAACCAGGAUGCACUUUUGGCAGCCUGCUUGUACAUUUCAUGCAGACAAGAGGACAAGCCACGAACUAUUAAGGAAAUCUGCUCUGUUGCCAAUGGGGCGACAAAGAAGGAGAUUGGACGAGCAAAAGACUUUAUAGUUAAGACGUUGGGGCUGGAGACUGGUCACUCUGUGGAGCUGGGCGCCAUACACGCUGGUGAUUUCAUGAAAAGGUUCUGCUCUAACCUUGGAAUGUCUCAUCAAGCGGUUAGAGCUGCUGAGGAAGCUGUUAAAAAAUCUGAGGAAUUUGAUAUAAGGAGGAGUCCUAUAUCAAUAGCAGCAGUGGUUAUCUAUAUCAUAACCCAGCUUUCUGAUGACAAGAAGCCUCUUAAAGAUAUAGCAGUAGCGACAGGAGUAGCAGAAGGGACAAUAAGGAACUCAUACAAAGACUUGUAUCCUCAUCUUCCAAAGAUAAUCCCAAGUUGGUAUGCUAAGGAGGAGGAUCUUAAGAAUCUCUCUAGUCCUUAAACUUCUUCUUUGCAACAGACCUGUCUUAUAUAUAUCUCUCUAUCGAGGAGGAUACAAAACAAGUGUUUCUCUCGAGUAGAGAGGCUUUGGUUCUUUCUGAAAAUUCUUUUCCCUUGUGAGUCCUUUUGUUAAGAUUAUUGUAAUGUGUUAACAACUUGAAAAACAGAUUUUAAAAGUUUUCAUAGUAAGAAAGAAUAUUUAUUUA